AUGGCAGGCAAGCCCCUUCCCUCAGAGGGAAAGGCGACCGGCCUCGACGCCCCCGGCCGCGCCUGGAAACGCCUCACAGCGACGCCUCGCCCGGCCGCCGCCUCUCUCCUCGCACCCGCCGUCCCCCCUCGCCUCCGAUGGGAGAGCCCCGCCGCGCCGCCUCGGCACGGCACCGGGCGCGUUCCAUUCGCGAGGGAGGGGGACACAGGACCCCGGCGUUGCGGCCGUUCCCGUUGCGGGGCGGCCCAUCGGCGCCAGCGCGGAGGGGUGCUCGACCCGCCGGGCUCCUUCAACGAGGCCGCGCCCGGGUGGCGGCGGCUCUGCGCUGCGCCCCGAGGAACGCCGGGGGCUCUCUGGCGCUGGCGAGGCGCAGCCGCCGUAAGGGUGGCUGCGGGACGCCCCCGAAGCAACGGCAGCGGGCUCGGUUUCCCCCCAGCCCGCCGCGCCGUGGCUCGGCCCCAUUUGAAGGUGUGGCGGGCCGGGGCCGGCACGCGCCGCGGGGCUAACGGCGGUUCUGUGAGGGGAGAGACGCCGGCCCGGGCCCGGCCGCCCCGUGGGAGCACCGCCAUGCCCAGUCCUCGGCCCCGGGCCCGGUCCGGCGACAAUCAGCCCCCGCGGGAGGACGGCGGGUCCCGCGGCGAGAAGCUGCCGGCCUCCGGACCGUCACCCGGUACGGAGAAGGCGGGGCGAGGGGGGUUCGGAGAGCGGGGAAGCGGUGACCUGCCGGGGGCCAUCGUGUCAGCCGCGCUCCGUGGGACCGGCCCGCGGGGCUUCGGCCGCCGCUGGGCGGGGGGGGACGUUGAGAGGGAGGAGGGUCCCUUUGCACCCAUCCCUCCCCAAGUUCUCUCCAUGAACAAGCUACAGGAAAUAACCGAUGACAUUUCCAAACUGACCAUUGUGCAUGAAAUUGUGCUCAACAGUGACUUCAAACUGCAAGCGGCCAGCUUCUCCCAGACAGGGGGCCUGGAAAACAGAGUGAAGGAGACCUUGCACAAAGCCUUCUGGGACAACCUGGAAGAACAGCUCUCUGCUAGUCCCCCAGACUACACUUGGGCAAUCCAGCUGCUGCAGGAGAUAAAAGAGGCCCUGCUAUCAUUGCUGCUGCCAUGGCACAACCAACUGCGAAGCCAGAUUGAAGAGGCCUUGGACAUGGAGCUGAUUAGACAGAAGGCUGAGCAUGGUGCUCUGGAUAUCCACGGUCUCACCACGUAUGUCCUUGGCACAAUGGCAAGGCUGUGCGCGCCCAUUCGAGAUGAGGAAGUACAAGGGUUGCAAAGCCUCACAGACCCAACUCAACUUCUCAGGGAGAUUUUCCGGGUGUUGGGCCUGAUGAAAAUGGAUAUGCUAAAUUUUACCAUCCAGACCCUCCGCACCCACUUGCAAGACCACACUGUCCAGUAUGAACGGAAGAAAUUCGAGCAACUCUUGGAUAAGCUGCCUAAUAGCCUGGAUCUCACGAGAGAGUGGCUGUGCAAAGCAGCAGCAGAAGUGUCUGCAUCCUCUUCGCAGCCGCCACCCCACCCCGCAGUCAGUGGCUCAGCUGCCACACACUUGCCAGGGGCAGCCAGCAGUAGCACAACUGUGCCAAGUCUUGGGUCCGUGCUAAAUCGAGGAUACAUGAAUCUGCUCUGCUGGGAGCCUGGGCAAAAGGAAUACCCUGAGACACUGUUGAUGGAUCAGGCCCGACUGCAGGAAGUACAAGCGCAGGUGAAUCAGCUUACCAUCAUAGCUGCAGUCCUGCUAGUGACCAGUGGCAUGUGUGGAAGCACCUUAUGUGGCUCACCUGGGAUUGUAGCUAGGCUGAAACGGGUAACAAAGGUCCUCUUGGAAGGGCUGUCUUGUACCAGGUGUGAAGAAGCUUUAGAAGAUGUUGGUGACCAAGUGCUCCAGGAAGUCAGCAGGACUCUCUCACAGCUGGGUUACCCUGCUUUCACCACUGACAAGUGUGCUUCCCUGAAAGGCCAGAUAAAAAGCAUUGCAGACAAGGGCAAUGCAGUCCGGCACAUCAUCAAGCAGCGGAUUCAUUCCUUCCUCAGCCUUUUCAUUUCCCCUGAUGGACUGAAUUCUCAAAAAGAUUUCCCAAAGGGCCUUGAUACCAUUCAGGAAGAGCUGUUGGAAGUUGGGCACAGGUUUGGAAGCGUGAUCCAGCACAACAGGCAGCUGUUUGCACCUUACUACUCAGGAAUUCUCAAGAAGGUGCUUCUUCCAGACGCAGAACCAGACUUGGACACAGGGAUGGAUUCUUUCUGA